AGCGUUCCGUCCAGGAACACACACACGCACGCACACACACACACACACACAGACACGCACACACACACGCUCGCACGCACGCACGCACGCAGGCAGACACACGCGGGGAGAGGGAACGUCUCAGAGCGGAGCAGAGCACUGGCUGCUCUUUCCCUGGAUACCGUCUGACUGCACUCUCUCCUUCAGCCUGCGGACUGCCCUCUGCCUGGACUUACUCACCUGCGCAGUGGAAAAGGGCUGUUCUGAGGGGUCCGGGAGCCAGCCAGACGGAAUCAGGCCAGACGGAACCUGGUCCAGAGCCAGACGGAACGUACAGAACACGGAACACACGUACGGAACACGCGCCGUCAGCGCUCCUUGCCUUGGCACUCUCGCCUUUGGAACUUUCUGCGUCACAGCGUGAUUGCGAAACGGGAGUCGGGCGGGAACGAACGCUACUUGCGACGGAGCCUGGUGUGGAACGUCCGGCCAAAAGGGGUUACGGUGCGGUGCGUGGACGCAGACACAGACACAGACGCACAGCCAUGGAGGUCAGGAGUACCAGUGUCCAGCCGCGGUGCACGCCGCUCUCGGCCCGCCUCAGGGCCAGUCUGCUGCUCACGCUCGUCCUGGGUGUGUGGUGUGGUCAGGCUCUGGAGAUGAUCACAGGGAAGAUCCCUUACCUGGAGGCGGUCAACGGAAGCACCGUCCUGCUGCCUUGCAAGUACGCCAGUUGCGUGGGCAUCCAGGACCUCUUCUUCCGCUGGUCCUUCAACGACACCGACCCCAGCAACAGGCUAUGUGAAGCUGUGAUCAAAGACGAGUACACAGAGCCUAGAGAAGUGCACAUCUUCAAGGACCGUGUGGAGCUUGUGGGCUCCACCAAGGCUCCAGACCAAAAUGUCUCCAUCUUGCUCUACAACAUCACCUUUGAGGAUGGAGGAGUCUACACCUGCUAUGGGAAGAACCCCAAAGAGAAGGGCAGAUUCCACAACGCCACCUUCACCCUGGUGGUGGUCGAUGAAUUGAAGGUGGUGGACAACAGUUUGGGCAUCCUGAUCGCCUCCUGUGUGGGCGGCUUCAUCGGCCUGCUCGUGUGCUACGCUCUGAUCAAGAACUUGACUCUCUUCAUUAUCGCAAAAUUAGACGAGAAAAAUAAAGAGUGCCUUGUGACGUCUUCAGGGAUCGAUAACACAGAAAAUGGCCUCUCAGGAUCCAAAUCGACGCCCAAACCCACACCAAAGAAAGCCUGAGAGCCUGCAUGUAUGUAGAUUCCCAUAGAACAAAAGCAAAACAAAGCAAAGCAAAACAAAACAAAACAAACAAAAGAGAACAAAAUCAUCCAAAACGCAGUACCCUCCCUCUUGAGUCAUACCUCUGCAGAAUGAUGCCAAAUGCAGGAGGGGCUUGAGAUGAGCGCCCCCCUCUGGCCACAUGCCUCUACAGUCCUCCUGCUCCCAUCUACCACACUAGGCACCAAACAUGAGAGCCCACACAUUACUAAGCAAUAGGCUGCAACCACACCUCCUGUAUUUCCACAUGGUCUGAUUUGCCUAACAGCCUCCCACGUCCUUGUGUCACUGCAUCUUUAUUUCUCUCUCUCUGCGACGUAUGUGCUCGGAGUACGUCUCUUAGGGCGUCAUUUUGUUUGUUUUUAUUGCACCUUAUCCUCUCUAGUGCGAAGGGAAAGUGGAUGCCCUCCGUGGCUCCUGGUCUAGACCCGCGGUGCUUCUUUUGCAGACGCAGCUAUAGGACAUAUCAACUCAUGCUUCUCUCUCAGGUGUAUGAAUCAAUUCGGAGGGAACUCUUCACGUAUGCAUAUGUUUCUAUAUGCACUUGUGUGGUCGAAUGGUACACAGAACCAUGUGGGACUGUUUUUCUUAUGAUAAUGUAAAAAAAUGGUAAUAUAGCAUAUAUUUAUUUUAUGCAAACUAUGCUUGAGACAGGGAUAAAUGUAAGCUGUACUUUUUUUUCUCUUCUGGGCUGGAUUAG